AUGAAAAAAUAUUGCAUUAUAUUCUGUGUUCUAAAUGUUCCACAUUUUGUUAUGUCUUUGUCUCAGCACGAAGUCAAACCAGAAAUCAACGAUCAAUUCGAAACCACAACAGUAAACGAAAAAAUCAAUCAACUACCCAAUGUAACUGACGAAAACAAUGAAAUACCAUCUGACUCGCAUGAAAAAAUAAACAAAACAGAAAUCGUUAAAACAAACAAAAGUAUUAUAAGUAAUGUUUUUCAAAUAAUAACAGUUCCUAUAAGAAGACUUGUUGCUAAUCCAGAAAUUAGCGUUGUUCUGAGAAAUGUAGGGACGUGUGUUGUCAAUGGGGUUAUGGAGAUUAUAUCUUUUUACUUUCCUGCACCAUUAAUUCCUUUAAUAGCUAGUGCAGCUGGUAUGGUUAUUCCCUUCGAACCAGUGGUUACAUUACGACGACGUAUGCCAAUCAAUAGCUACAGAAGAGCCUUAAAAACAGCAGUUAACGGCUUUCUAAAUACCUUCGAUUCGUAUAAAGUAGAUAAUUUUAACGAUGACCCGUUCAUGACUAGGAAAUUUAAUAGACGGUUCAUGAAUGAUGUCCCGAAAGAAGAAAAGAAAGAUACAACAAAAAUGGAAGAU